AUGGAAAAAAGAGAAACUAGGACAAAAGAUCCAUCUGUGUCACAAUGUUCUCAAACUGAUUGGAUUCCCUUUGAUCUAGCUAGGGAGAUACUUAUGAGACUGCCAGCAGCAUCUUUGAUGAGGUUUCGGUGCGUCUCAAAACAGUGGGUUUCUAUCAUUUCUGAUCCAGAUUUCAUUAUCUCAUUCACAGCUAAGUCACGUUCUUAUCUUUUGCUAAACUUCCGAAAAAAUGACAAUCAAUUAUUCUUUAGUCUCUCGCAACAUAAGAAUCUCGAAAUUUGUUUACCCAACGUGGAAACAUAUCCUCUCACACUCCUAAAAGAAGAUAGUUACGCAUCCAAUAGUCAGUUUCAGUCCGUCCAUGGUUUGAUCUCUUUCAAUUAUUUACGCCAUGUUGUGAUUUGGAACCCUAGCACGAGACAACAUGUUACCUUUCGAAAACCACAUGAAAAACCCUUUUAUAUAAGAACUUACUUAGGAUACGAUCCUAUAGGAACUACAUAUAAAGUGCUGAGCAUGGCAUUAUUCUCCACUAAAUCGACCCAUGUUCUUACAUUGGGUGAUCAAGAAUCAUGGAGACCAAUCAAAGAUAAUAUUCCUAGGCGUUCUUUUCCCAGUAAAUGGAUAUGCAUCAACGGAGUUUUAUAUUUUUUUGUCAGCAAUAAUGGUCGAGCUGAAAUAUUAAGUUUUGAUGUGAGAACUGAAAAAUUCAAAUUAAUCCAAUGUGUGCAUGAUGACUUGGAGGAAAAUAUUUAUUUGGUGAACUACAAGAACAAAUUAGCACGUGUUAUCUCAAAGUCAUCAUGUUACGAAUUAUGGAUUCUUGAAGAAGCCGAAAAAGAUAAAUGGUCACGCCAAGAUUUUUAUUUACCAUUUUCUCCGCAUGAUUAUGGAAAUUACGGUUUAACUGGUGUGACAGAUUCUGGUGAGUUUAUCUAUGUAUCAGUGUCAUGGCAUGAUAAAAAUAUUCAUGUAUCUUUUUAUGAUCCAAAGGGGAAGAGUAACAGAAUAAUAAAAAUUGAAAGAUUUGAAGAUGAAGAUUUUUGGCUUCAGGAUGAAUGGCGUGAACAUAAUUGGGGACUUAUCGGAUGUAUCCCGAAUCACAUUGAGAAUCUUAUUUGUGUUAAGAACUUUAAUUGCAUACCUUCUGUGUGA